UCCUGAAUCAUCGUUCUCAAUUGUGUGAUCCCAAAACCAGAGACACAGAGACAGAGAGAAGCUCGCAAGUUUCGUGAAGAAAAAUGGGGUUCUUUCCAAGGGGUGGUGGCGAAGACAGCGUCGACGACUUCGAGGAGUACGAUCCGACACCCUACGGUGGCGGUUACGACAUUGCUCUCACCUACGGUCGCCCAAUCCCUCCCUCCGAUGAAACCUGCUACCCUAUCGGAUCCUCCGGUUCCGACGAUGCAUUCGAUUACGAUCGAGCCCAAUACUCUUCGUAUUCCGAACCUUCUGCUUAUGCUGAUGAAGCUCUCGCCACUGAGUAUAGCAGCUAUGGUCGACCCAAGCCUAGACCCGCACCUGCUGGUUUCAACCCAGGUGGAGGAUCCGGUUAUGAUGCUCCUUCCAGUGUGAAUCGACCCGGGUAUGGUGGAUCCGAUUAUGAUCGGCCCAGUUCGGAUUAUGGGUCUGGUAUUGGCCAGAGGCCUGAGUCUGAGUAUUCCGCAUCGGAAUAUGGAUCUGGGUAUGGGAAGAAACAGGAGUAUGAGGCACCCGGGUCGGAAUAUGGAUCCGGGUAUGGUGGGAGGAAGCAGGAAUCUGAAUAUGGAUCCGGGUAUGGUGGAAAGAAGGAGGAGUCAGAAUAUGGGUCCGGGUAUGGUGGUAGGAAGCAGGAAACUGAAUAUGGAUCCGGGUAUGGGGGUCAGAAGCAGGAGUACGAGGCACCCGGAUCCGAAUAUGGGUCCGGGUAUGGUGGUCGGAAGCAGGAGGGUGAAUAUGGAUCCGGAUAUGGUGGUAGGAAGCAGGAAACUGAGUAUGGGUCCGAAUAUGGAUCCGGGUAUGGUGGGAGAAAGCAGGAGUACGAGGCGCCCGCACCCGGGUAUGGUGGGAGAAAGCAGGAGUACGAGGCACCCGAACCCGGAUCCGAAUACGGAUCCGGGUAUGGUCGCAGGACUGAAGGUUCGGAGUAUGGAGGUGGGUAUGGUGGGAGGAGUGAGGAGAAUCCCGGGUACGGGCGGAAGACCGAGUAUGAGACGGGUGGGUCGGAAUAUGGAUCCGGGUAUGGUGAGAAGAAGACCAGCUAUGGGGAGGAACAGGUUGGGUAUGGAGGAGGAAGGAGUGAGUAUGCGGAGAAACCAAGCUAUGGAAAGAGUAACUAUGAGAGCCAGCAAGGAGUUGAGUAUGGUUAUGGCCGCUCUGAAAGGCGUGAUGAUGAUGAUGAGGGCUAUGGUCGUAAGAAAUAUGGAGAUGACGAUGACGAUGAGGGGAGGAAGAAGCAUCACCACAAGCAUCAUCAUAAGAGUUAUGAUGAUGAGUGAUCAAAAUGCCUAUGGUUACUCUGUGAAUUGAAGUCAUCCCAUAGCUACCUACUAAAUAAAGGGUUGACGCAUUGUACGUACCUUCCAGCGUGUUUAGACUAUUACUAAAAGUAUUAAGCUUUAAGAACUAUUGGUCUAAACUAUGUUGUCGUUUGGCUUUUUGAGUUCUAAUAACAUCCCUAAUGUUUGAGUUGGUGUGUUAAACU